AUGACUGACAUUGUAAAGAAGGAAACGAUUUCGGCAAAUUCUAACGUUCUCAAAAGAUCAGCCAACAACGAUGUGGAAAAUGAAUAUCAAAGUCCUGUGAAUGUCAAACGGCCCGUCAUCGUGCCCGCUUGCAAGCCAAAACUCCGGUAUACCCUUUUGAAAACGGGCCUGUGCUACGAUGUUAGGAUGAGAUACCAUGCUAAAAUCUUCACAUCAUAUUUCGAGUAUAUCGACCCUCAUCCAGAGGACCCCAGACGCAUAUACAGAAUUUACAAAAUACUGGCAGAAAAUGGACUAGUUAAUGACCCGACCCUAAGUGGCAUUGACGAGAUCGGUGACUUAAUGCUGAAAAUCCCCGUUCGUGAAGCAACAGACUCUGAGAUUCUGCAAGUACACACGAAGGAACACCUGGAAUUUCUGGCGCGAACGCCGCAGAUGACCCGCGAUCAGCUUCUCAAAGAAACUGAAAAGGGCGAUUCUGUGUAUUUCAACAACGAUUCGUUUUUGAGUGCCAGAUUGUCAUGUGGGGGCGCGAUAGAAGCUUGCAAAGCAGUCGUGGAGGGACGCGUGAAAAACGCCAUGGCCGUAGUGCGUCCGCCAGGACAUCAUGCAGAGCCCGAGAUGGCAGGUGGAUUCUGUCUGUUCAGCAAUGUUGCUGUAGCUGCCCAAAAUAUGCUCAAAAGCUAUCCCGAAAGUGUGCGGAAAAUAAUGAUCUUAGACUGGGAUAUCCAUCAUGGCAACGGAACUCAGAAAGCAUUUUACGGCGAUGAUAGAGUACUUUAUAUUUCUGUUCACAGGCAUGAGCUGGGAAAAUAUUACCCAGGAACGAUACACGGAAACUACGAUCGAAUCGGCGACGGAAAAGGUGAAGGAUUUAACUGCAACAUACCAUGGCCAUGUGGCGGUCUUGGAGAUGCUGAGUACCUCUGGGCUUUCGAACAGGUUAUCAUGCCCAUGUGUCGAGAGUUCCAGCCCGACCUCGUGAUUGUAUCAUCAGGUUUUGAUGCUGCUGAUGGUGAUACCAUUGGUCAAUGUCAUGUCUCGCCCAGCUGCUAUGGUCAUAUGACGCAUAUGUUAAAGUCUCUAGCAAAUGGCAAUCUUUGUGUCGUGCUCGAAGGUGGCUACAGCUUAGAUUCUAUUGCCAAAAGUGCUUUGGCGGUCGCAAAAGUUUUGAUAGGCGAGCCUCCGGACGAAUUACCUGAGGUUAAGCAACCCAAAUCUGAGGCUUUGGAAACCAUUGACACGGUAAUCAGAACACAGUCAAAGUAUUGGAAGUGCUUCAAAGGGAACCAUGCAAACGAUGGUUGUUCUUUCAAGAAGAAAGCAACUGAGACGAUAGCGAACAGAAAUUUCCCUCUUCAGAACGCUAUCCGUCAGCAACAAAUAAACCUCCUCAUGAGCGAGUACAGUUUCGUUAUGCUGCCGUUGAUCAACAUGGGUCUUCAAGACGACACUGUGAUGUGUUCGCCAAACGUGUACGAUUCGCAAGCCAUACUAAUCUGCGUACACGAUACCCCAGAAAUAUGGGCCCAGCGCAGCCGAGUCACAGGUAAUAUUGAUCCAUCCACCUCUAUAAUUGUGGACACCACCGUUGAUGUAAUAAAAUGGGGAUUGGAAAGAAAGUACGGGGUAAUCGAUAUUAAUAUCCCCCAGUCCUUGAAUGAACAGGACAAUUACUCUGCUGUGACUACUGCCCAAGAAGUGUUAGUGUUUAUUUGGGAUAAUUAUCUGAAAUUUUUCCCGUCGCUAAACAAGGUUGCAUUUGUGGGUAUUGGGGAUGCGCAUAGUGGCGUCGUUCACCUUCUAGGACAUCGAGAUACUCGAAACAUUGUAAAAUGUGCUAUUUCUUUCAUUGACCAAAAACCGCUAAGACCUUUAAUACCUCUGGUCGAUGAAACUCUAGCAGAUUGGUAUUACAAAAAUUCGCUAGUGUUUGCGAGCGGUGAGAAUACAUGUUGGGGCAGUGAUGGAAACGACAACAAAAAGCCUAGAAAAAAGUUUGGUAGAGUUUUGAAGUGCGACUCUGAUGGUCUCAACAACAAUUUCGAAGAGAAAUUUGAUGAGGCUACGGAUUUCAUUCUAGAUGCUUUCGAAGAAUGGAGUGACAGUGAGUAA